UGUUGAUUGUUCUCUCUCUAACCCUAGGCUUGCGAUCCAUCCAAUCAUUUCCAGGGGCGAAGGAAAAAACCUCUGUCGUACUUUACAUAUAUACACCUACACCUAUACGUAUACUUGUAUAGUUUUGUAUACGUAUAUUCAUUUUCCUUGGUGGAUAUUAAAUGCGUUUGAUCGGAGAACCACUUUUAGGGAUUCUUGUGGUUUUGUCAUUUCUGGCUUAUCCUAUCCUCUCUGCCAUUUUUGUCUCUUAAGCUUCUUUCUUUCUGUCUCUCUGUUGGUUUUCGGUACUGUACUCUUUGCUUUGUCGACACUGUUCUCGCGCAGUAAAUUCUGCUGCUGCAUUUUUUUUAAUUUCCAAUUUUCCUGUUCCCAAAAUUUUCCUGGAAAUACAUUUUUUUCCAUUUCAGUCACAGCAUACUACCUUCUACUUCCUUCAAGACUUCCUCCUUUAACCUCAACCCUUCGUUCGAGAGAAAACUGCUUUUUUUGUUUUUUUGAUUAUUAUUAUUUUUUUUUUGUUAACGAAAAAAAAAACUCCAAUAAUAUAUGAGCCAAACAAGUUGUUUAAGGCUCGUAUCAGUUCCCUUCGUCUCUAGGUCAUUUUAAAGCUAAAGUCUAGCUCGUGAGUCCUAGGGGUUUAUACGUACAUUUGCAGUGAAAUCUGAACCGCUUGAUAUUAUAAUCAGACGGUUGUUGUUUUUGAGUUUUUUUUUCCCCUUUUAACUGAUGAUGUGAUACGAUGAACACGGCUAUUUAGAUUCAAACUUGUUCUUUUAUGCAGAUUUCAAUAUCCGAGAGAGAGAUUGAGGAACACUCUUCGUUUCCACUUGAACUUUAUAUCCAUGGCGGUAUAGUGCUCCGAGUCGGACUCGUUGCUUCCACUGAGUUAUCGAUCUAUUUGACUUUUGUUAUUCUUCUUUUUUAGGGAGAAUCAAAAAGUUCUUGGGUUUCUCUCUGGACACUGAUAAGUAGAGAUUCAUCCUCGAAGAUGAGAGCCUUUUCGAAGCCUAGGGUCGCCGUCGUUUUGGUUCUACUGUUUUCCGUAGUGCUAUUAUUCAUGCUUCUUUUUUCCACAGACGUGGGUUACAGUGAAGGUAGAUCCAUGGGAUCGAGCCAGCCAGUCUCCAAGGGAGGGAAAUAUACACUAUUUGCUUCACAUCGGAAGCUUCUUAAGCGCUCAUUGGCAAUGGAGGAACCUAAUAGAAUAUGGGGUGACAAGUGUACGAAGGCCGAUAUUGUGAUAAACCAAGGAGCCACAGCUCCUCUUCCAAGCGGCAUACCAACCUACGCUGUUGAGAUCAUGAACGUGUGCGUCACCGGCUGUGAAAUAUCUGGGAUUCACCUUAACUGUGGCUGGUUUAGUUCUGCUCGCCUCAUCAACCCAAAGAUCUUCAAGCGCCUUUUGUACAAUGAUUGCCUUGUUAACGAUGGCAAACCCUUAGUCAAUGGCGGCACGCUUUCCUUUGAGUAUGCCAAUACUUUCCCUUACCCUCUCUCGGUCUCUUCAGUAGUCUGUUCCUGAACAAUAAAACAAAAUUUAGGAUAACAAGCAACACUGACAUGACAUAUAGCAUUACUUAAUUUUACGUUUCUUAGUUGAUUUCUUGUGGAAGAUAAUGGGAAGUUUUGUAACAAUAUAAAAUGUCUUGAAUUCAGCAUGCUGAGGGAAGACUUGGAAACUUCCUUGGUGAAGGCCAUUUGUACAUACGUAGUUUUAUGAUAGUAAGUUUGAUUACAGGAAUUUUUCGUUUUCCUGUUGAUGAGGAUGUGUGUAGGGAAAUGAUUUUGGCUACUGAUUCUCUUGAUUUGAUUUGCCUUUCUUGC